GUACCAAAUUGCAGAACAUAGAAGAAAUUUAUAGAAAUCGAAAGGGAUAUCUAUCAUUAAAUGUACAGUUAUAAUGUACUUCACGGAAGAACACGUCAGAUUGUUGAAAGAACAUUUGGGAUAUGGAAACGUAGAUUUCCGUGCUUAUCUAGAGGAUUAAGCAACAAGUUAAUUGGUUCAACAACAAUAGUUGUUGCGUGUGCUGUGCUGCAUAAUAUGUCUUUAAUUUUUAAUAAUAUGUUACCAGAAGAAGAAGUUGAAGAAAAUAAUGAAAUAGAAAUACCAAUUGAACCACACUGGCAGCCGGGAGAGGGUUUUGUAAUGCGAGAAGCACUUAUUGAGAGACUAUAUAGAUAGUUUAUUAUACAACUUAUUACACAACUUAUACAAUAAACAA